AUGUCAUCAGAGCCGCCAGAGGUCUUGAGCCUGCUUCCUGCCAGCCCCCUGCCCGGGUUCCCGGACGUGCUUGUGGGCACGCAGGCGGACGGGGCCGAUGUCCUGUUCGGAAAGAACACAUUGGAAGUGGCCGCCGUGGUGAACUGUGCACUAGACGACUGGUUGUACAAGGUCCGCAGCGGCUUUUGCGGUGAUGCAGCUGUGUGCCGGCUUCCGGAGAUUGAAUCGUGCAUCAGAGCAUUACCGCAAUCCAGCGGCAUUGCGUCUGGUGAAAUCUCUGGGAUCAGGUACUGUGCACUGCCAGCAAGAGAUCGAGAUCGCGCAGAGCCAAUCAUCAUUGACGGGGAGGUUGCAGUCCCUGGCCUAGAACCCUACGACAUGGGCCGUGAUCUCAGACGUGCAAACAUGUGA